AUGCGGCUCAUGUCAUGUCAGCUGACAUCAUCUAUAGCCUUUCUGGAUGCUGCAGGAAAUUGGACCAAAUUCAAUAUUCCUCCAGGUGUGCUAGAAGUAACAAAUGAUACACCAUUGACAACAUCACAUAUUAAGGUAUGCCUUUUGUUGAGUGGGUAUACAGUCAUGUACAAGUUUAAGUUUAAGUUCAAGUUGAUUAAAAACACUUUGGAUACAAGCCAUAAUAAAAUUGAUCCUUGCCCGCAAAGUAGCCUAUACUGCUAAUCGAGGCGGGAAGCUUAAAGGAAAAGUAAAAGAAAAAAAAAUUACAAUAAUAUACAGUUGAAAAAUAACAAAGUUAAACAGAUACUUGUACAUCAACAUAUUGAAUUAACAAGACAGUGAAUACAUGACUUGUAUAUUUCAAAAUGGGUAAAGGAAACAAUGUAUGAAUGAAAUUAAACUGAAAAUUUAAUAUUUACUUAAUGUCAAUUAAAGUACGCAGGCCAAUUAACGUGCAGCUAGUGUACAGGAAACCUUGAGAGAACUGUUGCUAGUGUCUCGCUUGCUUAAAGAAGAGGUGCAGCCUGUAGAAAAUGAAGGUCACAGGUCACAGGUCACAUUAGUGCAGGUUAGAGUACAGAUCACUGUGCUAAGGUAAAUAAACAACACUAAAAGUGUCUUGUAGCUCUAUAGCUAAUCACAAGCUGAAAUAGAGUUUUAGUUUUAAAAGAGGAAACAGCUUAUCACUAUAUAUUUAUCAAUAGUGCAGUGACCCAUGACCUGUGUUUUGUACGGUCUGCCAACCUGUUAGAGGUGUCUCCUUUGUACAUGGCAGUCUACAGAAACUAUGAGAAAAAUGUUUGGGGCUUACCAAGGCUAGCCAUAGUUCCACUUAACACAUGAGGUGUCUGGAUUCCCUAUACGAUACAUAAAUUGCAUUAAAAACUGGUUUAAAAACUAAAGAUGGACAACAUUUGUUUUUGAAAAAAGUUCCUUAUGACAGUGCUCGAAAUUAUGACUCACUGGUCGCCAAUGCGACCAAAAAUUGAGCACUGGCGACUCGCGUUUUGUCCGAUGAGUAAAGAAAACCAAGACACAACUUUUGUUUUUAAAUCUUUAUAUUAGGAAAUCAAUCAGAUAUGGUAGCUAGUAUACAACUCACCUUUCCAUCCCCAGUAAAAUAAUGUCUGAAUAUUACAAGAUAAUAAAAAAAAUUGAAUGUUUUUCGACACGUCGAUACUGUAUUUUUGCACGCCAUAUUGUUUCAGUGGCUUCUUCUGAAACUGGGAUCGCAGGUGCACUUCAACACCAUGUGCUUUUCAUUUGCCACGAAAAUGGUGGCAGAUACCUGUGUUUGUCUCAGAAUGAAAACCACGGACUUAAAACGUUUUAUGCUUCGCUACAUUUAAAAUGACUAUGGAGACAACCAUCACCUUCGGACCAGAGACAUAUCACCUGAGAACAACGGUAGCUUUAUAACUAAGUGUUACUCGUGUUGUUUCUAAUAAUAUUGUUUUCGCUCUUCAGUUGUGACUUUUCUUGUAUGCAAAGUAACGUAUAAAAUCGUGUUGGUGUAAGUUAUGUAUAAAAUAGGGUGGCGACCAAAAUUUACGAUCUGGAGACCAAAAUUUUUCCGUUAGUAGCCAGCUGGCUCCUGAACGAAAAAGUUAAUUUUGAGCCCUGAAUGAUCGAUUAAGUAAAAAACAUUUGCAAAUUAUAUAAUUAUACACUUAAACCACACUUAAAUACAGUGUACAACUAAUUAAAAACUUAUGUGUGAGGUGUUCAGUGUCCCAAACAUUGUGGAAGCUUGAUAGAUUUCUGCAGUAUGCCUUAAAAUCAAAACUCAUGCAAUUUUCCUAACAGAUCAUUCAACAAUCUGAGAGUCUAACCAGCAAAAGCGGUCACAUCAUUAAGCUUGGUUUGAACUGCACAGGGCCAAUAUUAGGUCAACGCCUUAAAUGUCUUAUGUUUAAAGCUGAAGGAGUUUUAAAAUGUAAGUAUAACCAAUUAAAAGUUAUUAUCAAAAUUCAAAUUCUUAUUUGUUUUCCUUUUACAUUUCCCAUAAAAGUAAUAGGAAGAAAUUUUUUGCGAGACCACAUCCGUUAUCUAAGGGUCUGGAUGACCGCCUUCCCCCCCCCCCCCCCCCCCCCCAGGGCAAAUAUUAGGUUAACGCCUUAAAUUUUUUAUGUUUAAAGGUGAAGGGUUUUUAAAAUUUAAGUAAAACCAAUUAAAAGUUUUUUACAAAAUUCAAAUUUUUUUUUUUUUUCCUUUUAAUUUUCCCAAAAAAAUAAAAGGAAAAAAUUUUUUGCGGGCCCCAAUCCGUUUUCUAAGGGUUUGGGUGACCCCCUUCCCCCCCCCCCCCACCCUUAUCUUAAGGUCUGGAUCUCGAUCCGACAAUGAGUUGCCCUUAUUAAAUUCUCAUGACCACUGUGUUACAAAGCAUUGAAUAAAAAAAAAGGAAAAUUUGCAAGGAGAAAUUUCAUUCUGAUCAAUCUUUGGCCUUAAUUAAAGGGUAUACAAGUGAGAACUAAUUUUUCUGAUCCAGUACAAUUGAACCUCUCCACAAGAAAAGUGGCCAGUGUAUUAAGGAACUGGCCAUUAUAUAGAGGAGAGUGAAUAAGAGUUAGGUGUAGUGAUGUGACAUUUUUGGGGGAAAAUCUUUUGUUCUUAAAUAAGAAAAGCAAACAGAAUCAUUAGGCUUGACAAUGAUAAUGAAAAGAAGGUCAAAUCAAACUCUCAGAAAACUUUGCAUAAACAAAAUCAUUGCUGAAACCACAAAGCGGCUGCAAAUGAAAAACCCUACCAACUCUCCGCAAUAAUGAUUCUUCAUUCUUAGUUCAAUUUUGCAAUUCAUAUAGUUUCAAAGACAAGGGCAAUUUCGCUGUUUACGAUAAAGAUUGUUGAAAUUUUUAAACCCCACGCAAGCAUGCCAGGCAUGUGAUCUGCUUAAAAUCAAACAACAAUAAUUAAUCUGGCUAAAAUUUCUUUUCUUUACAGCUGCAUAUAAAUAAAGGCAGGUACAAAAGUCGGACCGGAUCAACUCGGAUGGCCAGUCCGGGUCGGAUCGACUCGGAUCGACUCGGACCAACUCGGAUCGAAUAAAAAAAUAAAACUAAAAUAAAAUUGGACUCGGAUCAUCUCGGAGCAAUCAGAAAAAUUAAAUUAAAUCAGCAAAACUGAAAGUUUAACCCAUUUGGAGGGUAAAAAAGGCCAGAUCAUCGUUUUUUUCACCUCGGCUUUCAGGCGCCAUUUUGUUUUACUAGUGCCAGUACCUCUCGGAUCAUGUUAUAAACUCGUGGGUUGACUCGUGGGUGUGGUUGUGUUACACGACGCGCACUGCUUCACAGAUAUGGAUGACCUCUAGGAAGGUAAAAUCUCGACCAUCUUUCUCAAUGAAUUUGCUUCAUUCCAAGAAAAUGAUAGUUUCAGUCCCCUAGAAUAUAUAUUUGCUUAUUUUUUUACUUUAUUGCAGCUUUUUGUCACAAAGCAAAGGUGAGCGUGAUCAUAAGCUAUGCACACAAUUUUUGAUUAAUAGGUGUACUGUAUUUAUGAGAAAAGUAUCAAAAGCAUGGUCAGUUAAUCGCAUUUAGAUAGUUACCGAAGAGUGUUUGUUUGUUUGUUCCUGUUUGUUUUUUUUCUGCAGGGCUUCUGAAACUUAAUCUUAAUGAUACACUAGCUAGUGAGCAGCACACAUACAUUUCCAGUGAACAUUUUCAACUUGGAAGGAGGAGAAACCAUGCUCGCCCAGGACAAAGGAAAUUUCCAUGCCUAUGGCAAGAAUCGAACUCGCCACCCUCCGGUUCUGUGGUUGGAAUGUCCGAUAAACAUGUAGUAUUUGAAGGGUUGUGAGUUCAAUUCUCGCCCGGGGUACGAAAAUUUUCGUUGUCCCGGGCGAGCAUGUUUGUUUCUCCUUCCAAAUUGAAAUGUUCACUGGAGGUGUAUGUGUGCUGCUCACUAGUGUAUCAUUAAAAUAAAAAUAAAAUUAAUUUAUGCAACCACGAGUUCGUGAGAAAGAAACAAAAUGGCGGGCGAGAGUUAAGUGAUACCGACUGAUUUUAUUUUUCUUUUUAUAAUCCGAGUUUUUUUUAUGAUCCGAGUUGAUCCGAGUCCAAUUUUAUUUUAUUUUUAUCUUUUUAUUCGAUCUGAGUUUGUCCGAGUCGAUCCGAGUUGAUCCGACCCGGACUGGCGGUCAGAGUUGAUCCAGUCCAACUUUUGUACCUGCCUGCAUAAUAAUGCCAAUGUUUAGACCAUAAACCAAACAAAAUCACUAUGUGGUUUUUGGGUAGUGACGUCACUGGACAGCAUUAAUGGCCAGGCGAUUUAAACAUUGCUGAGGGCAUGAAAACGACUUGGAAGUAGUCGUCUGAAAUUUAGGCUGCCCCCCCCCCCCCCCCCCCCCCUCCCUCAUACUCUCACUACCUCGGGGGCGGCACACGCGGGCGCUUGUACACACGGGAUUAAGAGGGGGAAGAAUGGGUUUGGCUUGUUGUUUGAGGCUGUGUUAAUCUUUUUAAUGUAUUGUGAGUCCAAAGAAAACAAAACAAAAAGUAUUUGGUGUGUUUGGGGUGUGUGCUCACUGGGAAGCAUUAAAGGGCGGGGGGUUUUAAAAAUGUGGAGGGGGUAAAAAAGACUUUGGAAAGAUGCUCUUAAAAUUAGGGGCCCCCCCCCCCCCCCCCCCAACUUCUGCUAAAUCUGCCAAUGACAGUGGGGAUCAACUAGAUGGCCUUUGUACAGAGGUUUAAAUGGGUGAAUAGACAUGUGUUAACUGUCUGUUAGUAGGUUUAACUGUAUAUAUUUAGGUCCCAGAGAACAAGACUGUGCGCCAAGGAAAAUUGAAGGGAGCCCUGGGUGAUCUGAAACUGUAAAAUCUAGGGUGCCCAGCACAUGAUUUGUAUGAAAAAUCUGAGAUUUUCUUGUCACCCCAGGGAAAAAGUUGGGCGCCAGGGACCACCAGGCUCUGCUAGAGCACAGCCCUGGAGAAGUUCAUUAAUAAUUUAUUUUUGAUAUAUCGAGAAUUAAAAACAAAAAAAUAAAUAAAGCUCUAGUAGGUAACAACUGAUUUGUUUAUGGUUCUUGUUGUGUCUCACUGACAGUUCCACUGUGUAACUAUACAGUGCCUACUCCCCCUCCUUCAGAUAACUGUACUACAAAUACAACAACUACAUGUACUCCUCCUCAUACAACCCGUGUAAGUAUCAGUUUUGUCUACUGAACAGUCUUAAAAGAACAAUAUUGCAAAGGGUUUAAACCUAGGAGCCAUGUCAUAAGUGAAAUAUGAGUGUCCUGGUGAGUGAAUUUCUGAAGUUGUUGCAGACAGUAUUUGACUUUUCGGCAACUCGAUUCAGAGGUUAUCAUCUGAGUCAAUAACGUACUGUGCAACCACAACCACCUCCCCCACCCCCUUUUAAGGUUGUCAAAACCACAUGCCCUAUCCUGGACUACACUCACCCAGGCAAUCAUUUUCACCUUCUUAUAAAAAAAGAAAUAGUUUUUGAUCAUGACUAAUCUGUUUGCUGUCCAGUAAUAACCAAUUUUCAAUUAAGAUUUAAUCGAUGAUAGACUUAAACUAGCCUCCUAUUCUUGUAAAUAAGGUCAUCCUGUAGUAGCACUAACAGUAUCUUAGAUUCGAAAUGGGCUCUUUGUAUGACUUGAUCAUGUGGUCAACUUUCGGUAAACAUGAAAACAGUUUACUUUAUGAAAACUUUGUUAGCACAAGCUUGAAGAGCAUAUUAAAAAUAGGUAACCUGGAAUUUCGAAAUUUUCAAGACUGUAAGUCGAUGAAUUAUUUCCUUAAGUAUUACAGGGCUCAAAUCUCCUUUUAAUUCAUAACAGACAAUUUGAGCCUUUUAAUGCAUACUAAAGAAAAAGAUUACACAACAGUUUAAUAAUUUUAGAAUUUACAAGGAUUUGUAUGGAAAACCAUGCAAGCGUAACUGGUUGGCAAAAGUUGUUUUUCUCAUACAAUUAAUGCUUCUAACUUUCGUCGGCCGUUGCAGUCGCUACUUUUGAGAUAUACGGCUGAAAAUUCUCAGGUUACCUAAUUUUAAUAUGCUCUUUCAGCUUGUGCAAACAAUUUUUUUCAAAAGCGACCUGUUUUUGUGUUUACCGAAAGUUGAUCACGUGAUCAAGUCAUGCAAAGAGCCUAUUCUUUUUGUAAGCUUACUGUAAUUUGUAAGUAAGGGUGACCAUAGUAAUGCUCAAUCUAUUGAUUAUACAAUAACUGACUGGUCACGCAAGAAUAGAGUUAAAUAGAGUUACGUUGAACAAUGGUAAAUGCAAGGAACUGCGCGUCUCAUUUGCGAGAGUAGAAAGCGACUUUCCACCAGUAGUCAUAGAUGGCGAGAACAUUCAGGUAGUUGAGAGCCCAAAACUCAUGGGGCUUUUAAACCAUUUGUAACGAAUCUGACUUGGAGUGUCCACGUGAGUGAGGUGAUUAUAAGAAAGCACCUAAACAACUUUAUUUUCUCAUGCAGCUAAAAACGGACAAUGUGUCAGAGACUGACCUCCCUCGUUUGUAUGUCUCUACAUAUGUUUCAGGAGCACCCAACGAGAAUAUAGUUCAAAACCACUCAAACAUAGCAUUGUUAAACGUAUUUUAGUAUUUAAACGGUAGUUGUAGGCAUAUUUUUAUCCCCUAAAAAGUUUUCAUCUGUUUGGAUAUCCUAGCUGAAAGUCUAGUGAUCCGAAAAUUAUAGGGAUCAAAACUUACCUUUUCGAAAAUUUCAGCCCAAAAAAAGGCUCCCGAAAAUUCUAGGUGACCUUUUAAGGGUAAAAAUCCGUUAAAAAUGGGCAAUUAUUGUAGUUUUUAGAUGUUCGAAAAUCCUAGGCGAUGCAGGCAAGCAAAAAAUUUUACAACAAAUGUUCCGAAAAUUCUAGAUCUCAAAUCGUCUUCUGAACAGAUAUUUUCCGAAAAUUGUCGUUGGGUGCCCCUGAUGUUUAGGCUUUUUAAAAAUACCUUGUUAAUUUGAUAUGUAAUACACAAUUCAUCCAUGUAUGGCUGCGACAACUAUCUAAAUGAUCACUCCUUCCUAUGUUUUUAGAUGCAUUACUAAGUUACCUAUAAAACAGCAUUUUGCCCUUCAUCUUAAGUUCAUUAAUAGCAACCUUCGAAGUUGUACACUGUUAUUUUACAGUACAUGUACCAAAUUUAUGGUUUACUUUUUUCUCGGACUAUACAGCCUAUUGCUGCGAUUAUUGGGGGAACCCUUGCCGGAGUUUUAUUCCUGGCUUUCAUUAG